CUUUUUAACAGUUUAAAAAUAAAAUUUAAAAUUUUACUUUCAAAAAAGAUUGAUACUUGUCAGAUUUUUACUUCUUGAUCAUUUAGGCAUUAAGUGAACAGUAAAUGAAUAUAUAAAACUCUCCAACUGAUUGUAAAAGUAGAUUUGAAGAAGAAAAUUUUUUACAACAUAUAAAAAUAGGCCUUUUCAUAUUUCUACUUUCAUUUUGGUUCUUUAAAUGUUGAAAUGAGAAAAGAAACUUUUUAAACUACAUUCCAACUUUUUUGAAUAAUGGAGAUUAGAGAAAGAGGUUUAGUUGUUCAAGAAACUUGGAUUAAUAGUUUAUGCAGUUGUUUCAAUAAUGUUUCUGGAUGUUUAGCUGCAGCAUGCUGCUUUGAAUGUUACGCAAUACAUGUCACCUGUAGAAUGAAUGAGGGUUUACUAUGUUGUAUUUCCUGUUUCUCACCAACAUUAGCAGCUAUGAGAUCUUACAUUCGAGGAAAAUACAAUAUUCCUGGAAGCAUAUGUGGAGAUUGCUGUGCAGCUCAUUGUUGCCCUUGUUGUGUGCUUUGUCAAAUAAUGAAUGAGUGGGAAAGUCGACACCAAACUACGGGAAUUGUGUUUGUAAAGGAAAUUGAAACAAUCAAGCAUAUUCAUUGAUAAUUUAAAUAUUAGAUCUAUCUAUCUAUAGAUGUUAAUAUUGUAUAAAAUUUAGUAUAAAAUGAAAAUGUCAAUUGGCAAUGCUUGAUAAUUUAAAUAAAAAGUUAUUCAAUCUGUUUAAUUGAGUAAUUAGUACACAAAAGUUUGGAUGAAGCUGCCUUUUUUCCAAAUCUUUUUAUUUAUAAAAGUCCAUUUUUAGGAAUUUGUCGAGAAUUUUUUGCUAAGAAAUUUUUCACUGAAACAGGAAGUAAGAUGUACCAAUUUUACGGGACCAGUCAAAAAUGGCCAUAGUGUAUAAUUUCAUUAAAGAUUUUUAAGAUUAGGAAUUUCUGGUUUGUCAUAACAAUAAUUAUUCUUUUCAAUCAUUUAACAAUUCACCAAAGUGCUCAAACAAAUAGAAACUUUAAAAUUGAUUCACAAAUAGUCUCAAUAAAUGUAAUUUUGGUAGAAAUUAAUCAACAAAACACCAGCCUGUCAAGCCUGCUAAUCUAGUUCCAUACUACUUAUCUAUUGUAGAAUAUAGCUGACCAAUGUUAGUGUACAGUAAAUUCAUUCAUUUGUUGAUAUGAUCUAUAGCAUUAUUUUAUUAUCAAUAUAUUUUUAUCAAUAAAAA